ACACACAUGGCCUCCCGAUCAAAAGUUUGGUUAUUCAUUGCUCUAAUUUUUCGCCAUUCCUAGCAUUCUUGCGCAAAAUUGGCGUAUCGCGCGCGCGCCGUCAAAGACUCGACCUCUUCUCUCUCUCUCGCGGAUCGGACCCCUCACUCGAUCGCCUGGGGCCUAUAUAGCUGGCUAUGGACGUCGUGGCAUAAUGUCCGUGCGGAGUAACUGAAAAGGCCUUUGGUGAUGAAGAUGACAGGCUACCUGGAAGAAAUCAGGAAAAUGAUGUAUGUGUGUGGGGACAUUGUCCAGCCCAGUACCGAGUCUGCUGGUCUGGUAGAGGCCGUGACCCAACAACAGAUUGUCCAGUUGGUACGUAGCAUGUAUGUAUGUACUGCACCCAGCAUAAUACCAGUACUGAGUCUGCUGGUCUGGUAGAGGCCGUGACCCACCAACAGAUUGUCCAGUUGGUACGUAUAUAGUAUGUAUGUACUGCACCCAACAUAAUACCAGUACUGAGUCUGCUGGUCUGGUAGAGGCCGUGACCCACCAACAGAUUGUCCAGUUGGUACGUAUAUAGUAUGUAUGUACUGCACCCAACAUAAUACCAGUACUGAGUCUGCUGGUCUGGUAGAGGCCGUGACCCAACAAC